AUGCCGCGCGAACGUACAGAUGCGAAGACGCCCGCCGACGUGAAGGAAGCAGAGGUGCAGCGACCAGCGGCGAAUGAGGAAGGUCUGGCGGUCAAGUCCGUCGAGGAUAUUCACGAGUCCAUCGACCCUCGCUUCGAUCUUACCUCGCGGCCUCAUGCGUCUGAGCUUGACCUCACGACUCACAUUAGCCACCCUCACCAUCACCAUAACACGCCCGACCACCAUCAUCACCAUGGUCCUUACUCCCCUAGCCCUGCCACCCGGCAGUCGGCCGCCAGCGCCACACUUGGCGGCGACAAGGAUCUCGAAGGUUUCGAGGAGCCGUUGUACGUGGACUGGGAAGAGGGCGACCCUCGCAACCCUGCGAACUACUCGAGGAAGAAGAAAUGGCUCAUCACAGUCACGGCGGCCUUCUUCACCUUGCUGGCCGCGUCGAACGCCGGAACCUAUAACAUGGGCUUCGAGAGCAUGCUGCGUGAUCUCAAGGCGACUCAGCUUCAAGCUACCGCUGGUCUCAGCUUAUACGCUGUCGGAUUCGGCAUCACGCCGCUCAUUACUUCGUCCUUCAGCGAGGAAUUUGGCAGGCGGCCGCUGUACAUCUGCAGUGGAAUUAUCUACGUCCUCAUGCACUUGAUGAUCGCUCUCGCAAAGAAUAUCGAAACAGUACUCAUAGGCCGUCUGAUUCAGGGAGCAGCAGGGUCGACGGGUUCAACCAUGGUCGGUGGGACGAUCGCCGAUAUCUGGUCUGCGUCCGAGCGCGGGAUCCCUAUGGCCCUCUUCUCUGUCACCUCCAUCGGCGCGACCGGUCUCGGGCCCGUAGCCGCAGGCUGGGUCGAGAUGAACCCGAGCCUGGGAUGGCGAUGGAUCCAAUGGAUCUCGAUGAUUAUAUCCGGCGCUUACAUCUGCAUUCUCCCGUUCGUCAUGUCAGAAACCCGCAGCCCUGUCCUCCUCACGCGCUUGGCUAAGAAGCUGCGGAAGGAGAGCAAGGACAAGCGCUACCGUGCGCGCAUUGAAGACGAGCGGGCAAGCCUUCGUCAGCUCGUCUACAUCUCUAGCACGCGCCCAAUUUACCUAUUGGUUACCGAGCCCAUCGUCAUGGCCUUUAGCGCAUGGGUUGGCUUUGCCUGGGGCAUUCUGUAUUGCAUGAUCGAGUCCAUCCCCGGUAUCUUCAGAGACGUUCACGGCUUCAACAUCGGCCAGAUUGGCACCGUCUUCGUCACUAUCUUCAUCGGCGCUGUCAUCGGGUGGACGAUCAACUUGUACCAGGAGAAGCUCUACCAGAAAAACUACCCCAUUCGCGGUGCUGAUGCGCGUCUGUAUUGCGCUUGCGGAGCGGGGAUCCUUCUGCCGAUCUCGAUGUUCAUCUACGCCUGGGUCUCGUACCCCUCGGUCACUUGGGUUGCGCAGGCGAUUGGCAUUGUGCUUUUCACCAUCUCCAUCUUCGUCAUCUACAACGGUGUCUUCUCGUACCUCGCGGAUUGCUACGAACCCUUCGCAUCGUCGGCGCUUGCUGGGCAGAGUCUUGCCCGGAACAUGAUGGGCGUCGCCUUCCCGCUGUUCACCGUCCAGAUGUUCGACGCUCUCGGAUACCGCUGGGGCAACACGCUGUUCGCGCUCGUCGCGAUUGUCCUGAUGCCUAUUCCUUUCGUUCUGCUUUUCUGGGGCUCGAAGCUGCGUAGAAUCAGUAAAUUUUCGCGUAUGGUCUUGGAGCAGCAAGCAGCGGAGGGAAAGCCCAUAUGAAGGGCCGGACUCUCAUCAAUUGUCCUGGGUAUCGUCACCUGCUUAUAUUCCGAACAUCGGGACACAAGUAGACACUGGAUAGAUCAUGUCCGUGAACGUCGUAUUCGUCAACGCCUUACACGAUGACGGGGUUAUUAGAGUACAAGCAAAAUCAAUGGAGAUGGAUGGUGCCACGUAUGACCUAGACUUCGCCGCCACUGCGAG